UAUUUUAGAUAUGUCUCAAAACCUAUCCACCUUAUUAUUGUAUUUGACCUGUGCCAUACUUGCUUUAGGCAGGCAGUAUGGUUUCUAGUAAAACAUGUUUGGCAGCGCGAGUGGCCUCUGUUGACCGGAUGCAUGUCUCAUCUCCUGCUUGAAGGAACUGAGUUGGUGGUUGCAGCACAAACCAACAGUCGCUAGCUAGCCACAAUCUGGGACUGCUAAAAUGUUACCAUUAUCUAUAAAAGACGACGAGUACAAGCCAGCCAAAUUCAACCUCCUUGCCAAAAUUUCAGGAUGGUUCAGAUCAAUCCUAUCUGAUACAACAUCACGCAAUUUGUUUUUCUUUCUCUGUCUGAAUCUGUCCUUUGCUUUUGUGGAAUUAUCGUACGGCAUAUGGAGUAACAGUUUAGGCUUGAUAUCAGAUUCCUUUCACAUGUUCUUCGACUGCACUGCACUUUUAGCCGGACUUGCAGCCUCCGUGAUCUCCAGGUGGAGGUCGAAUGACUCCUUCUCAUAUGGGUAUGUGAGGGCAGAGGUAUUGGCAGGGUUUGUGAAUGGCCUGUUCCUCAUCUUUACUGCCUUCUUCAUUUUCUCAGAAGGUGUAGAGAGGGCUUUGGAGCCGCCACACGUGAAUCACGAUCGCCUGCUACCAGUGUCCGUCGCUGGACUGCUGGUUAACCUGGUUGGCAUCUUUGUGUUCCAGCACGGGGGCCACGGCCACUCUCACGGCGGGGAUGAAGGUCAUGGCCACAGCCACUCUUUGUUCAAUGGCAGUACGGGUCACGGACACAGCCAUGGGGGGCAUGGGCAUGAGUCCAAACACGGAGAUGGGCACGGGCACAGCCACGGAGAUGGGCACGGGCACAGCCACGGAGAUGGGCACGGGCACAGCCACGGAGAUGGGCACGGGCACUCCCACGAUGACCCCCACUGCCAUGAUGAACUGCACACACCAGGCAAGGGCUCCAGCAAACAGAUUUUGCAAGGAGUGUUUUUACAUAUUGUAGCCGACACUCUGGGCAGCGUUGGAGUGAUCAUCUCAGCCAUCCUGAUGCAGAAGUAUGACCUGAUGAUCGCUGACCCCAUCUGCUCCAUGUGCAUCUCCAUUCUGAUCGGAGUCAGUGUGGUGCCCUUGCUCAGGGAGUCCAUUGGGAUUCUGAUGCAGCGAACUCCGCCUUCUCUGGACAACGCCCUGCCAGAGUGCUACCAGAGGGUGCAGCAGUUACAGGGUGUGUACAACCUGCAGGAGCCUCACUUCUGGACCCUAUGCACAGAUGUCUACAUCGGCACACUCAAGCUGCUAAUCGCACCCGAUGCUGAUGGCAAAUGGAUUCUUAGCCAAACGCAUAACAUUUUCACACAGGCUGGAAUACGGCAACUGUAUGUCCAGAUUGAAGUGGCAGCGAUGUAGGGGGACUCGUUCCUCUCUAUGUCCCCGGGAGUCCUGGGACCAAAGCCCUCUGUGCUGCUGUGGGGGUUCCUCCCCACCAUGUUCCCCCCACAUCUCUCUGGGUCUCAAAGUUUACAUCCCAAACCAAGGACCAAGACGGAAGCAGCUAUAGGACAAGUACACUGACUUUUGGGGGGAAACAAAAAAACGAUGGAAACCAAAACUUGCCAAUUAUGCGACGUCUGCGAGGAAAACAAGAACUUUGCUUCAGACACAGCACACCCACACACACACUUCAACCCAUUCUACUGUUUAGGACGUUUCUUUGUCUUAAUAAUGUCUGAGAACUCACGGGCCAUACUGUAUGUCUUGGUUAGAUCCUUUUUUCCAUUGAGAUGGGGUUUUAAUUAAACUAUUGUCUGAUAGGAGUUUAAGUACACUUCAAUGGAUGUUUUGUGUUAAGCCCUGCAAUCAUGUAAGAUCCAUCAAUAAUCAACGUUUGUACAUCUAUCAUACCAGUCCCACAUAAUUAACUAGGGGGCAUAUUCCGUUUGGCCAUUUAGUUGCACUUUGCACACUUGAGCCAUUCAACUGUCAUUCUGGGUUUCUUAAGUGCCUUUUGAAUCAAAUAAUGGACAAUCAGUCAUAUCCUCAUGUGAGAAGCCAUUCGUUUACGUAUGUGCGACUGGAAUCAUCAUGUCCUUCAAGACCCGGAGGGAAUCAGAUGGCGACAUGGGUCUUAUUCCAACUCUUUGGUUCCAUCUUUGAUCGAACAUCCUUGUCAGGGUAAUAUUUCCUAAGGGAAAGUAAGAAUUCCUCUUGACCACGCUUGACAUAAUUCCCUGGACGGCACACAGCAGCUUUAUUUGAACCAUGAACAGCUGCUUACCACCUUGUCAUAGGGGGUGGUUGAAACAGAUCAAAAUGAAGUUAGCCUAAAACCCAGGAUUUUGUCCUCAUUAAGUUUGCAGUUGGCCAGUUCCAAUCUUCUUUUGCAAUGUAAUAAAUGAUUUUACUGCA